AUGCCGUGGAUUACAAGUCUGAGGCAAUUCUGUACGGUCACUUUCGAUGGAACGUUUGAUAGGAUUUUUGAUAUAGGAAUUCCCUUUGAUUUUCCUUCUAGGCAUGCCAAAAUAGUCGGUUCCUACAAUGGCUUAUUGUGUCUUGCUGAUAUUGAAAGUACUACCACUUCUGGUAAUGUUAUAUGUUUGUGGAAUCCCAGCAUUAGAAAAUUCAAGAGGUUGCCCAAACCUUGCUUAGGACAAUUAGAUUCUGUUACACUUGGAGUUGCAUAUCAUUCCGAGAAUAAUGACUACAAGGUUGUGAGGAUUUCAAUUUCUCAUUCUGUGCCUCCAUCUGAAAUUGAGGUGUACACAUUAAGUUCAGAUUCAUGGAGAAGGAUUGAAAUGCCGUUGAGAAGCAAUAUUAAAUUCUAUGAUAAUAAUUAUUUUUUGCCAAUCCCAUUGGUUAGUGGAGCUUUGCACUGGAUGGCAGGUUUCAUAGAAGAAGAAGAAAAGCACUGUAGUGAAAUGAUUAUGUGCUUUGAUGUCAAUUGUGACAAAUUUAGGAAACUGGAAAUGCCUGAUGGUUCUAUGAGAGUACCUCCUUUCAAAUAUGUCUUGCAUCAUUCAAGGGGAAACUAG